CUCAGUGAUGGCGGCUGCUGAUCUGAGAGACGAACUGACCUGCUCCAUCUGCCUGAGCAUUUAUACUGAUCCUGUAUCCCUGCCAUGUGGCCAUAACUUCUGCCAGGGCUGCAUUAGGAGGUUACUGUGUACCCAGGAGGGAUCAAGGGGAUAUUCUUGCCCUGAAUGCAGACAAAAGUUUCAGAAGCGCCAUGUCCUGCAUAGGAACAGAACUCUGGGUAACAUAGCAGAGAGAUUCCGUCCAACUGAGACAGAGCCGGGGGAGACUGGGAUCUUCUGCACCUACUGUGUCCUCUCUCCUGUACCUGCUGCUAAAUCCUGUCUCCUGUGUGAGGCUUCUCUGUGUGAGACCCACCUGAGGGUCCACAGCAAGUCACCAGAACAUGUACUGACCCAACCCACCGACUCCUUUAUGGGGAGAAAAUGUUCUGUACACAAUGAGCUCCUAAAGUAUUUCUGCUGUGAGGACUCUGUCUGUGUCUGUGUGUCCUGUUACAUGGUUGGAGAGCACAGGGGCCACAGGGUGGAGCUGCUGAAUGAGACCUCUGAGAAGAAGAAAGAGAAACUGAGGAAAGUUCUGGAGAAAUUGAGCCCAGUGAGAGAGGAGACUGAGAGAGAAGCCCAGAGACUGCAGGAGCGCAGGAGAGAAGUGGCAGAAAAAGCAGCCGGUGAGACAGAGAGAGUCACUGCCCUGUUUAGAGACAUCAGGGAACAGCUGGAAGCCCUAGAGAAGCGACUCCUGAGUGACAUCUCCAGGCAAAAAAAGAAGCUCUCACUCCCAUUAACUAAUUUAAUCCAGCAGCUGGAAAUAAAGAAGGACAAUCUGUCCAAGAGGAUUCGUAACAUUGAGGAGCUGUGCAACAUGGCAGAUCCACUCACUGUCCUACAGGAACGGGAAUCACAUGGAGCUGCAGAUAAUGAGGGGGGCAGAGAGAGACAUGAUAUAAAGGUCCCUGCUGUAGGGGAUCUGGAUGUGGAUCUGAUCUCAGAGACAUUACUCACAGGCUUAGCUGCCAUUGUGACUGGGGUAAAGGAAUGGAGGAUCUAUGGGCAGGAGGCUACAGACCUGUUACUGGAUAUAAACACGGCUGGGGAUUAUGUAUCUGUAUCAGGGGACAGGAAAUCUGCUUCCUUCUCACUCACAGACCAGUAUCACCCACAAUCCCCAGAGAGAUUUGAGGUUUCUCAGGUUUUAAGCACCAGGAGUUUCCCCUCAGGACGGCAUUCCUGGGACUUGGAGGUCAGUGAUUCAGUGGACUGGAUGGUUGGGGUGGCCUAUCCCAGUAUAGAGAGGAAAGGAGGAGAUCAGGCCUACAUUGGGCACAAUACCAAGUCCUGGUGUUUGCGCAGAUGGUGUGAUAACUAUUCAGUGAGACAUGACAGGAAAGAACCAUAUUUGGCCCAUAUCCCUUCCUGCAGGAGAAUCAGGAUCUCAUUAGAUUAUGAGGCCGGACGUCUGUCCUUUUAUGAGCUGAGUGAGCCAAUCAGACACUUACACACCUUCACUGCCACAUUCACUGAGCCCCUUCAUGCUGCAUUCUGGGUAGGGAAGGAUGAUGAUAAGUGGGUGAGAAUUAUUAGUUAGAGCACUACCCAACAGGGAACUCCAUUCCCAGAGUUGCCCUUAACCAUGUGAUGCUGUUAAGAGGAUAAAGUGCAGGAAUCAUUUAUGUUGGAUAGUCUCUCCUGGCAAUCACUGGGCAGAUAUUUUAACUAAGGGAUCACCAGAAUCAAAUUUAUUGCAUAUAACACUUUUUUAAAUAUUUUCCAUAUAGAUGUGUAUAUGUGAUUGCCAUUUCUACAAUAAUGUUUAAUCUAGAGCCGACAGGAGCAGGGAUCCCUAAAUCAAUAAUAAAGCAACGAUUGCCCUUCCAGCCAUUAUAUCAUCUGGUGGAAUAUUUAGCAAAAAGGUGGACAUACAGUUGGCCAGGUACCCAAUCAACCUCUCCACAAAGUCACCACAAAUGAUAGUAUUUGGGCAAAUGGAGUUACAAGAAAGAAUUUUCCGUUUGAUUACAAUUUUUGUUUCCCUACUGAAAAUACUUUAAGCCUGAGGGCUCUUCUCUCUUUAACUGACUCACUGGACAUUUUGUAAUUUUUAAUCCAGAACUGGAGGUAGAAUAUGUUGAUUUUAACUGUUAUUACUGGAGGCUGACAGGUGUACUUAUCAAUAAAUUCACUUAUUUAAUUAUAAAAUAUGGGAGGCUUUGUCAGGGGCUAUGAGUGAACUCACUGGAAGUGUAGGAGCAGCACAACAGAUUGGCUUAGUAUGAAAUAAAUGGUAGUCCUCUGUAUGUGAACUGAUAGUUCCUGGAUAUUAAUUUCCCAGUAAGGAGACACAUUCCUGUCCCAAAAUCUAAUCUGAAGUGUAAAGAAAAGGCUCAGUUAAUAACCCCAAUGAAAGAUAUAUGAAAACAAAUAUACAUGAUAUAAUGAUGAGAGCUGCGUAAUAAUAAAUACAUUUGAAUAUG